UUGUUUCAAGGUAGCGACGAAGUAGCUGCUAGGAUUUCAUCUGUUGCCCCAGCAAACGGGUGCUCGACCACAGAGGCUUCGAUUGGUAGGAAGCCUGAUCGCGACGUCUCAGAUGUUGGUGCAGUUGCCGCAGUAAACGAUAAUGAUGAAGAUUGGGAAAGUACUGAUGAAGCGGACGAUUGUGGUCAAGUUGGUGACGAUUCGGCCGCCUGCAACGAAGUCAGUAGUUUGCCUGCCGUUUCCAGUGAUGAGCAUGCAAGCGACCUGGAUCUUGAGGAUAAUGUAAUGCCAAAUAGUCUGUCGACACCCACAAUCGCCACUAGUCCACCCGGAUCACGUCUUGUAGGCUCCUCAUCUGGUGAUAGGACUAAGUCAGGCUUGUUCUCUUCCGGCGUCCGGUCGGCUUCUGGUCAUUUAACUCCGAUCACGGCAAUCGCCAACACUGCAGCAACUAUGACCAACACUAACAAUAUCACUACUAGUGCUGCGGCCACUGCAAGUGAUGACCCAAACGGGUCUGUACUUGGACUUGGGAGCGGAGGAUCAAGUAGUUGCACGGUCAGUCGCUCUUUCUACGGCUCCGACCUUAUGGCACCUCUGCCGCCAAUCACCAGUUCUGUGUGGGCAAUGGAUAGCCCUCGUCGAAUGGAGGAGCACUUGACCGCGGCUAAGACAGGUUUGUGUAAUUACAUGAUGUUGUUCUUAGCUGAGCGAAUUUCAUUUUGUGGCCUACUUUGA